GCCAGUUGCCGUUCACACUCAUCGGUGGCUGGUAUUCGUCGGUGGACACGGCGGAUCUUUUCGUUGUGUUUGAGCAGCUGGCCGAGUGGUCAGUGGUCAACGGGAUCCGUUAUAAUCCUCUUUUAUUUUUUACCUAUCUGUCAGACGGUGACUGCGUCGCUGCGGGCACUGACGGCCAACAUACGCCAAAACCCCAUCUCCAAGGUGCGAAUUAAUACAAGAGCGACCACCCUGAACACAGCCGGCUGUCAAGGGCUCGGAAAGCUUCCGGGGUCGCCGGAAUAAAGAACGCAACCUAACCUAACCUAACCUUGGGACUUACAGCGGUUGACAAGCGAGCCGCGAAUCCAGCAGGGGCGAAUCACGUUUCGCUGACAACGUCGACGGAUGUCCGACAGAAAUAAUCCUAUUCCGUCUGGAUCUUAGCUCUUUUUACGCUGCAGAUCAUACAUUGUUCAAGAUUCCUCGAGUGUCUGUUUAGUGACGCACGGAGUGCAGUGUGCCGGGGUGAUAUAGCACUUGAGUUACAAAGUUCAAAUUUCGAACCUGGAACUAACGACUGUCGACCCGGGACUGCAGAGCCGAUAGUGCUGACCUGUUUUACGCGGAAUCCUGCUAAGUGCCUCGCGAUGCGACUUCAGGUAUCAGGAGUGCCAGUUGAUCAUCGAAUGUCUUGAUUCUUGCAACGUGAGGGAUGCAGGAGCACCGACCGAAGCUGAAGUAGAGGUGAAAUAUAUUCGGCAACGGCAGGAUGGGGGCGAUGUUUCGUAGCGAGGAGAUGGCGCUUUGCCAGCUGUUCAUUCAGCCCGAAGCUGCCUAUCUCUCUGUUUCCGAACUCGGCGAAACUGGGACGGUGCAGUUCCGCGACUUGAACGCAGAGGUGAAUUCCUUCCAACGUAAGUUCGUGAACGAAGUGAGAAGAUGCGACGAAAUGGAGAGAAAGCUGCGUUACAUCGAGGCCGAGGUGAAGAAGGACAACGUGCCAACACAGGAUCAUCUUCUGGAGUUGCCACGAGCUCCGAAUCCGCGCGAAAUCAUAGACCUCGAGGCUCAUCUGGAUAAGACGGAGAACGACAUCCUGGAGCUAAGCCAGAAUGCUGUGAACCUGAAGAGCAACUACCUCGAGCUCACAGAGCUGCGCCACGUACUGGAGAAGACUCAAAUUUUUUUUACCGAGGUAGGUGGUGGUCUGCACUCCCAGGUUUCAUUGGAUUCUAACAUCUCUUCUUGUCAACAGGAAGAGGUCAACGACUCGAUCACCAGGGCGCUAAUAAACGAGGAAGCAAAUGCUGUCCAUCCGACAGCAGGUACCAGGGGACGUCUCGAGUUCGUCGCAGGAGUCAUUAAUCGAGAACGUGUUCCAGCAUUCGAACGAAUGUUGUGGCGUAUUUCCCGCGGUAACGUUUUUCUACGGCAAAAUGAACUUGAUAAGCCAUUAGAGGACCCGAGUACCGGAAACGCGAUUUACAAGACGGUCUUCGUUGCUUUCUUCCAAGGAGAGCAGCUGAAAUCUCGAAUAAAAAAAGUGUGCAAUGGAUUCCAUGCUUCUUUGUAUCCAUGUCCCAACAGUCACGGCGAACGUCAAGAUAUGGUCAAAGGUGUCCGAACUCGUCUUGAAGAUCUCAACUUGGUCCUGAACCAAACUCAAGAUCAUCGCCAACGCGUACUGCAUAAUGUCGCCAAGGAAUUGCCAAACUGGAGCAUCAUGGUUCGCAAAAUGAAGGCGAUAUAUCAUACGCUGAAUCUUUUUAACAUGGAUGUGUCCAAAAAAUGUUUAAUUGGUGAAUGCUGGGUUCCGGUACAAGAUUUGACCAUCGUUCAGAAUUGUCUCACCGAAGGAUCGCGCCUAUGUGGAAGCUCCAUUCCGUCAUUCCUGAAUGUAAUUCACACUGAUGAAGACCCUCCAACCUUCAAUCGCACUAACAAAUUCACUCGAGGCUUCCAAAACUUGAUUGACGCGUACGGAGUAGCUUCGUACCGUGAGGCCAACCCAGCUCUGUACACCAUCAUAACAUUCCCUUUCUUGUUCGGCAUUAUGUUUGGUGAUGCUGGGCACGGUCUAAUUCUGACGCUUUUUGGAGCAUAUAUGAUCAUAUGCGAAAAGCAGCUGAUCGCCAAGAGAAUCGACAAUGAAAUCUGGAAUAUAUUCUUCGGUGGUCGGUACAUCAUACUUCUUAUGGGUCUCUUUUCUAUCUAUACCGGCGUUAUAUACAAUGACGUAUUUUCCAAGUCCGUAAAUAUAUUCGGGUCCAGUUGGGAGAACCCUUACGAUUACGAAACGCUUACUGAAGAGGAGACCCACCAGUUGGACCCUAUAAGCGCUUUCAAGGACUCUCCAUACCCGCUGGGCUUGGACCCAGCAUGGCAACUUGGUGAAAACAAAAUCAUCUUCUUGAACUCGUACAAGAUGAAGCUAUCCAUUGUUAUUGGCGUUGUGCACAUGAUCUUCGGUGUCUGCUGCAGUAUCAUAAACUAUGUCCACUUCAAGAAAUACGCUAGUAUAUUGUUGGAGUUCUUGCCACAGCUAGUGUUCCUUAUGCUGCUCUUCUUUUAUAUGGUUUGCCUGAUAGUCAUGAAGUGGAUCUUAUACGCUGCAACCAAUGAUGACUUUAGCAGGGGUUCUACUUGUGCGCCAUCGGUAUUGAUUACGUUCAUCAACAUGAUGCUUAUGUCAUCGAGUAGCGAUACGACCGAGGGUUGUUCAGAAUUCAUGUUCACCGGUCAAGGCACUGUCCAAUACGUCUGCGUCUUUGGUGCCUUAGCCUGCGUCCCUGUGAUGCUUUUUGGCAAACCAUUAUACAUCAUUACCACUAGAAAAAAGAACCAAAGUGCUUCCCCCGUUGUCAGUAACGGGAUUCCGUCACAGGAUAUUGAGCUCCAGCCAGGAGGCAUCGCGAGUCCGUCAAACACCGUUAGCGAGCAUGGCGGUGGUCAUAGUGUCGAGGAUGAGGCAUUUAGUGAAAUAAUGAUUCACCAAGGCAUCCACACGAUCGAGUAUGUCCUCUCGACAGUAUCACACACAGCCUCGUAUCUUCGAUUAUGGGCUUUGUCGCUGGCUCAUGCUCAGCUGUCCGAGGUGUUGUGGGAGAUGGUUUUACGCCAAGGACUGGGAGCUGAGGAAGGAGAGUAUGUCAAAUCCGUCAUACUAUUCUUUGCCUUUGGAGCAUGGGCGCUCUUUACACUGGCAAUUCUUGUCAUGAUGGAAGGUUUAUCUGCUUUCCUUCACACCCUUCGACUUCAUUGGGUGGAGUUCAUGAGCAAAUUUUACACAGGAGACGGAUACAUUUUCCAGCCGUUCUGCUUCAAGACAAUUUUUGAGGCCGAGGAUGCUGAAGACUAAAUAAAUUAUUAUAUGUAUACAUAUGUAACGUGCAAUGAGUAUGCUGUAAACAUAUUACAGAUAUUGCAACUCAUAUUUUCGUACAAGAAAGUUUGAAUCACACAUAGCCCAAUCGUAUUACACUGUAUAUGCUGGAACGAUUCGAAAAGCACAAGCAGUUAUCGAGAGAUAUUUUAUUUACAACAUAUACACCUUAUUUUUUAACGAUUUUUGAUCUCUCAUAAACCAUCAGUGCCUAUCGAGUUAACAGAAUAAUUAUUUCCAAGUGAGUCACUCUUGUAUACGUAGCUCUUCAACAGAACUGGAACAAAAUUAUACAAAUUGCUUUGAAGAAGUGUUUUAAAAAUUGAAGUGCUUGAUUGUAUUUUAUUCUAAACAACACACUGUAUGAUAUUGAGUCUUUAUUGAGACCUGUAAUUGGCUUUAGGGCCGUACGUCACCUGCGUGCGGCACUCAUUUCAGACGAUGAUUUCGUAGUUUCAUGAUUGUAGGGCGCACAUACAUGGCUCUUUUCAAAAAUUAACUCAAAGUUUACUGUAUAUUUCAUAAAGGAUAUAUGACAGAUGCACGGGCCAUGAAAAAUGCCAAUACUUUGGCUUUUCUCGUCACUCUGUAUCAGGAUGGGUAUUGGUAUUAUAUUUGUAGACAUUAACUGAAAUGAGAAUAGGGAACUGCAUGUUUUUUAAUUUAGUUUUAUUCGAAAGUAGAAUGAACAAUAAUGAAUUCCCUAAGACAGUAUUUUUUUACGAGCCAUAAUAAUUAUUUGUCCUCUCAAUUUUCUCGGCAAAUUUGAAUCGGCAGCCAUUUUGCUGGACCCCUCUAUCAGCGCUGCCAGGUGUCACGUUCGGGAACUAUGCUCGGCUGUAAACACUGUCUGCUUCGAGCAAGCCGGAAUCCUAACUUUAUUAUACACCAUGUAAAUGUAGUUUGCAUCGCACCAAGCCUUCCGUUUUAAUACAUUAAUUGGCACUCGGAUAAAUAUCUUUUCUGGAGUUGAACUUGUAUUUUUACACGAUGGUACAAAACAAUACAUGUACCAAUCUAAAUUUGGUCGCGGAGCUGAUGGAUCCAUAGUUGUCUUUUUAUUUUAACCAAACUAAUUGUUAUUUACAGAGAUAAAUACAAUUUUGACAACGCCGACCAUGCUUCAGAGCUUCAAAUAUUAAAUUGCAGGUUAGGAUUCCGGCUUGCUCGGAGCAGACGGUGUUUACAGCCGAACAUAGUGCCCGAACGUGUCACCUGGCGGCGCUGAUAGAGGGGUCGAGCAAAAUGGUUGCCGGUUCAGAUUUACCAAGAAAAAUUAGUGUAAAAGAAAAAAUUAUUGCAGCGUUAAUGUUGCUCGAAAAAAGAAACUGUCUUGGGAAAUUCAUUAUUUUUCAUCCUACUUUCGAGUUCAAUAGAGGAAUAUAGAGAUUUCAGAUGCAUGCAAGUUCCCUAUUGUGAUUCAAAACUGACGUACGGCCUUAAUAACCGCAUUUUUAAGCAAUACUUGAACUUGUGUAUCGAAUUUGUGAAUACUUCCACCGAAACUUAUACAAUUACCUCAGUUCAUUACUAUAUUUAACGAAAAAAUGCCUUACAGCCGGCACUCUAGGUUUCUCUUUGUCUCACUGACCUUUGAAUGGAAAUAAUUUUAUGCAGAAUUCAAUUACCAUUGUGAUUAUAAAUGCGCUACGCGGUUAUAGGAAAUUGAAAAACAAGAGAUGGGCAGAGAUAGGGAGAGAAAGAGAAACAGGUCUUCCAGCGCACAACUAUUGUUAUGUAUUCAUUCCAAAUGUAAUUAACAUUAAUAUCUAUUUAAUAUAUCAAAUGGUUACUGUACAUAUGGACGUUCGAUUAAGAGAGUAAGUACAAAGCAUUUUCAAUUCUCUAGCAAAUCUAUCCGGAAAAGAAUUUUGAUUCUAUUGAAAAGGUAACAAAUGAUUUUUAUUCUUCUACCAACUGCGUCGCUAUAAAUUGUCGACGGGUGAACCAAUCAAAAUUGUCGUGAUAUAUAUUUUAUUAGUACCGAAAUCGUGUAAUAUUGUAUUACAUCAUAUAUUAAAUCAUAUCAUAUUGUUGAAGUUA